AAUUCUGUUUUCGCAAGUAAUAUGUCCGCCACAAUAUGUCCGCCACAAUAGUUCACCUGACGCCGCGUAUGCCGGCUCGAGCCUCCACCCGUCGUUGACGACUUCAUCUCGACUUUAUCUCGACUUCAUCUCAACCUCCAUCUCAACCUCCCCUUAACACCAUCUUAAGCUCAACCUCUCCCACCGCUUCAUCUCUUCAUCUUCCCAUCCCGUCCAUCCCGUUCAACCCCUAUUCCAAUCUGUCACUGUUGACCGCUGGCAUUUGCUUUUAUCUCCCCCAUUCCUGCCCGCUUCCCCACCUUUCAUUCCUGCUGGAUUCCCCUCCGGCCCUUCUACCGUCUCUGUCACCAACACAUACACUUGCAAUUACAACCACGGAACGGACUACCCACUACCCAUUCCUUUCGUAUCAGGUUUUUCAGAACAGUAUAUGAGCCUGACUAUUCUCCCGGAGCUCCUCUUGCUUCCGCCUCUAUAACAAUUAGAGUGAAAGCAGUGACUCUUUCACUUUUCCAGAAACCGUAUCACAUUUCCAUACUCAUUCUCUAAUCGGCUAGCUUUCUCGAAAAUUAAGAUAUCAUUUGCCAAACGAAUAAAGUAAAGCAAGGUCCAAAACCCAGAUUCGUCUUCUAUCCGAGAAUACCACGGAAGGGAAGAACAAAAGAAAGCAAAGCAAGAUCUCAUCGCUUGUUGCCUUUUCUCAAUACACACAGAGAUUCAACAACCACAGCUCCGAUUUGAAAGCCAUUCCUCACCUGCUCUCCCGCAGCCUCUCUCCGACAAAAAUAUUUCCAAUUACUCUCCUCUAUCCCUUGCGAAGGGCUAUUGUCCUAUCUAAUGUAAACAGGUUAUCAUGGAGCGCAACAAGCUUGUCGUGACCAUCAGUCCAAUCAACUUCAAAGACCCCAUCGAGAACCGUGUCCUGACUAUCUCUUCCGAGAAAGAUGAGAUCGUCAUCGGCCGCUCCUCUAGAGUGCCAACCAAGGACCUCAAUCCGGCUCGCGAUAAUGCCUUUUUCGACUCCCGGGUCAUGUCGCGCAGCCAUGCCGUAAUCACUGCAUGUCUGCAAAAAAAGCAAGUAUCCGUCUCCGAUACCGAAUCUAUGCAUGGUACUUGGCUGAACGGUAACAAACUUAUCAACAAUGAAAAGGCGCUUUUGGGGAAUCUCGAUGUCUUGACAUUCGGAACAAAGGUUACUCGCGGCUCAGAGACUUUUGAGCCCCUCGAAGUUCGUCUCACCCUAUCAUGGAUCAAGGAAGUGAAACCUGCCCCGGUGGACCCUCCAAAGCCCAGCAAGCGUCACUCAGUCAAUACCUUCGUCGUGCCUGAGGACGAUGACGACGAAGAUAAGGACUUCGAUGACCCGCAAGCUGAAGCUAUAUUUGUCAAACGAUUUGAUAUUGAGCCUUUACCCCACGAGCCUUCAGUCUCCGCUGAUUCCGAUGUGAUAUCAAUUCACUCGUCAAAUAACGAUGGCGAGCAACAAGAAAAGUCUUCUCCACCAUCUUCCAUGCCUAGUAGAUCCGGGGAAAAGGAGGAUGAUAUACCGAGAUCCGAGCAGGAUGUCAGUUCUGAGUGUUCCCCAGCCAGCAAACCCCCCUAUAGUUCCGUUGCUGUGGCACAAAGUGAAGUUACGGAAAAUCAAGUGUCGCAGCGUCCUAUUGAUUUAGCAUCCGACAGCUACAACGAUGUCAAGACGGCGCUGCCGACCCUUAUUAAAAAUGACAACAUAUAUGACGCAGAGUCAGAAGACGAACAUAGCCAAGUUUCGCAGGAGGACCUCUACCCUAGCUCCAAUACUAUGGGAGAAAGACUUGAAAUUGGGACUAAAGCCAAGUACAACCCUGAUUCUGGCUUGCCUCAGAACGACAACACCAGAGCCAACGAAAAUACCGGCAACACAACUGAAACCGGCAUUUUGAAUUCUGCAGAAUCUUUUAAAAACCUACAUGCAACGUGUGCUAUGUCUGAGAAGCUCGAUCGGCCCUCCCAACUAGCCGAUACGACGAGUCAACCUGAAUACCCCCGGCCCGUGACUACUACUCAAAAUUUUCCCAAGCCCGGUGAUUGCGAUGAUAACAGAUACCGUGCGAUUACGAGCUCAAGUAUGCCUGAGGAACAAAUGAAUACUCCAAAUCCCUCAGGUUUGGACUAUAAGCCAAGCCAGGCCGAAUCAAGUCGACAUAGGGACCGCAAUCUUGCUCUGGGCCCAAACAGAGCAGCCAGCCCUUCCGACAAGGCACUUGCUAGACCGGCCAUGGGCGAUUCAUAUUAUUCUUUCUCUGAGGACAAUCCCUCUGGCCGAUGGAUCCCAGCUUCUAACAAAAGCCAUCGCCCAUUCGGAAACCCCGGAUCCGUUGGACUAGAAUCGCCUGCAGAAUUAUUCGACGGGCUAGUGCCUUCGACCACCAGUGACUACUUGUUCCCCCAUCUUCCACCCUUACGGCUGCCGUAUUCAGACGGUCCAUUUACCGCUUCAAACGAGGAAGAUAACAAUUGUCUAGAUGAUUCCGAUUGUGUACGCGACCAUGGCCUGGCUGAGAACACCAGGGAUCUAUACCGCUUCGGCUCGCCUUUCUCGCCCACUCGUGUGCAUGUACCGUUUCCCGCGGCGGCGUACCCCAACUCAUCUCAUCAACUCCAGUACGCCCCCGAAUCGCAACCUCAGCGGCAACACGCUUGUCAGACCGCGGGUGAUGGAUCAAGCCAUCCGCCACAGCCUAAAUAUGCCAAUACCAUGCCAAAGAAUCGGAAAACAACGACCUCUAUCCCAAUCGCCAACAUCAUCGAUGGGCACAAGAAGGUCACCGAGCUUAACCCACCAACGAACCCACUAAAACGCAAAGCGAACAAAUUAAAUCCAGAACCCAUGCUAGCAGAAUCAUUCAAAAGCAUUAACGAUUUCUACAGUGGUGACGGUUGCGACGAUAAUGAAGAUGCCAGCUUCCCGGACGCCCAGCCGCGAGACCUUGUCAUAUCUCCAGACGUCACAUCCCAACUCUCAACAUCCAACUCAACAACCAACUCAACAACCAAAAUCGACUCCCAGGAUCUCGGAGGGCCGUCCUUCUCCAGUGCAAGAACAAAUGAAUCAGCACAUCCCCCACCGCGGGCGAAGAAGAUCAAAGUAGAGACACCAGACGUUCCACGCGGCGCAGAGGCCAAGACUAGUUUUGCCCGCUACGCCGCCAGCGCGUUGUUGGGUGCUGCAGUUGGUGGAAUUGGUGUUGUUGCUGCGUUGGCGUCGCUCCCGCCGGAUUUCUUUAACUAAUUCAGGAUUUUAUUUUGGCCGUGGUUGUCUAGGGGUCAGAAUUUUGUUCCUGCUCAUUCCUUUUUCCCUUUCCUUUCUUUUUUCUUUCUAAAAUUUUCAUCUUGCCCAUUACGUUUCUCAUUUUUGAGCGGGGGUUAAUAUUCAAAAAUCACUGAAGGGUAGGGAAGACUGCGUUUCGCAGAUGAUUUAAGCUCCCUGCACCCCCCGGUAGCGAAACGAUCUUCGGUUCGGCUCUGUCAUUUUGAUUGCCUUCUUGUUCGAUCUUAGGAAGAAGACGAGAGAAUUUUACUGACCUAUACCUUGCCUGCUGGACUCGGUACCAUGCCAUACUAUGAUACGAUACGAAUAAGCUAGCUGACAAUAUGGUUAACUUACUAAAUAUUCACUUCUAUUCAACUCAAACCCAGCACAAAAUUAAGCCAACAAUGAUAUGGCGCAACUAGGGUUUCAGGUGCAUGCGGAUGUCGUAUUCUACGGCGGAAUGACCUUUAUUAUGACUAAAUGUUAAUCGCGGAUGGAAAGGGGGGUAUAUCCAUCGACCUUCUUAUCGGGUGGCGUUGGUUGAGGCGUUUUAACUUUCAUCAGGGCAAUCAUUCAAUCCCUUUUCCUCUUCAUUUUUUCCUAUCCUAUUUUCUUUCCUUUACUGUGCGAUAUGGGUGCAUGCGGAUCUCAUCCCUUUACGACACCUAAAUGAAAAGUCCCAUCCCAUCCGUAACUACCUCACCCAAUGCUCAUCCCAAAUCUUGACAAUGGGUAUGGCAUUCAUUUGACAUUUCCCUUACGCUUCGCCUUUCGACAUGGCCAUAGUUCUCAUCUUAUUUUCAUGUCUUUGUUCUUUUGCCUUGUUUAAUAUUUCUAGGUUUGAUGUUUAUGUUUGUCUUUCUAAUUGUUAUUCUUUCCCCUCAAUAAUCACAAUGACAUGGAAGAAUCUCAAUUUAAAGAUGCAGGUUAGCUCUUUUUUAUCUCCCCAAGCUUGCUUACUAGGCAGUUAAUAAUUUCUUUUACUUAUUUACUGGAUCUUUUACUACGUUCAUUUUUAGUCUCCUUGAGGAUUUCUUUGUAACUGGAGAGAAAACUACAAGAAAAACUAUUGAAAUUUGAAUAGCAGAAAGAAGCCUAGCAUUCCUCUCCUAUUUCAGUGGUGAUUUAGGAGAAAUUGAAGUUAUCCAGGCGUUACUUUUUAAAAGUUACAUAGUCAGCAAAAUCAACCCGCGUCGGCACGCCGAAAAGUUUACCAGGGUAGUUGAAUGAACUAAGAGUGAAUGAAACUCUUCUCUGCUUGGAUUAUGCAAUGAGUUUAAUUAUCUUGAUCUAGUAAUUAUACAGAGCGCAGGCAUGUCGAACAAAAUCCAAACAAAAACAGUUAUAAAAAGAGCAGUAAAAAAUAUAUAUAUCAAGCAUUACAGCAAAGAAAAGGAACAUGAAACCUGUAUUCGCCAACGAGGAUGUUAAUAGAAAUGUGGAAUAGAGAGAAGACCGUGUGUUUGGCGAUGGACCGAUGCGGGGGAGGGGGAUUGUACAAAGCAUGGUAUAAUUGUAAGUUAUAUGGUGUCCAGCAUACACAAACGUAGACCAAGGUUGGAGAAACUGAGGCGUGCAGUGUAGGGGCGAGAAUCAUAUGGUACAAGCAGGACGUAGAGGAUGAGGAAUGUUGGGUAUUGUGAUCUUAGGCAUAAACGGAUAAAAAAGACAAGCAAAACAAAAAAACUCCAAAUCAAGUUUGCGAAUGCGAGGGAUACAACGGGGGAUUAAAAAAUGUAGCAUAUUAGUUAGGUUGAGCGGGUAGGCGACAAAUAGCAAGCAUCACGUUAGGAUAGUCGUCACCGCUCUGGGGGAGAAGAUAUAAUAUGUCAGUGCACGGAAAAUGGCGGCGUCGUCGUAACGGUUUCGUAUAUUUGAGAAACAUUUCCAGACAGAUGGUACUUGACAAAAGCGUUCUUACGCAAACGGCGAAGCGGCGGUUGCAGGGACAACAAGCAAGUAUUGCUCAAUGUUCAAUCGAGAGGGUCAUGGCGGAAUGUACAAUCGUCGCCUUUAAGACAUUUGCCUUCCUUCCAGUACCUGCAAGGAAC